AUGAUAGUUAAUAUUUUUAAUAAACUAGCAUAUAUUCAAUUUAUUCGUCGUUCAUUUCAUACAACUUAUCAAUUAAAAUGUGGUGUUCUAUCUUAUUUUUAUUAUUCCCCAUCUUCUAAUAAAUGUUUUGAAAAAGAUCAACAGUCAUUAUUAAAUGGUUUACAUACUUUAAAACAUCGUGGUCCCGAUGAAUUACCAUCAUUCUGGAUAAAUCAAGAGAAUACAGUUGGUCUCGGUCAUACACGUCUAGCUAUUAUUGAUCUUAGUGAACAUGGUCGACAGCCAUUACAUUCAUUUGAUACAAAACUACAUUUAUCUAUGAAUGGUGAACUAUAUGAUCAUGAUCGUAUACGACAAGAAGCUAUUGAAAAUGAUAACUAUCAAUUUACAAGUAAAAGUGAUAGUGAAAUAGCUAUGUAUUUAUAUCAAAAAUAUGGUUUAAAAUUUGUGAAUUAUUUAAGAGGAGAAUUCGCUAUAACAAUGUAUGAUGAACAACGAAAAAUAUUUAUUGCCGUACGAGAUCGAUUUGGUAUUAAACCAUUAUAUUAUACUUAUUUUGAAAAUAAAUUAUUAUUUGCUUCAGAAAUUAAAGCAUUAUUUGCUUUUGGUGUUCCAGCCAUUUGGAAUGAAGAAGUCAUAUACAAUAUGGGACAACUUCGUAGUUUACAAACAAUAUAUAAAAAUAUUCAACAAUUACCACCCGGUCAUCUAUUAAUAGCUACAGAUAAUGGUACAAUAAAUAUAUCAAAAUAUUAUGAUUUAACUUAUAUAACUCGUGAAGAAGAAAAAAAAGAAAAACGUACUGAACAAGAAAUGAUUGAUGGUGUACAUCAACGUUUACUAGAAGCUGUUCGUCUUCGUAUGAGAGCUGAUGUUACAGUUGGUGUUUAUUUAUCUGGUGGUUUAGAUUCAUCUGUAUUAUUAGGCAUGGCAACUACAUUCACAAAUAAACCAAUUAAUACGUAUUCAAUAUCAUUUAAAGAUCAUCAUUAUUUUAAUGAGCAAAGUUUAUGUAUUCGUACAAAUGAAUUUUUACGAGAAAAAACAAAACCAUAUAUUAUAGAAUUAACACAUAAUGAAUUAGCUGAUUAUAUUGAUGAUUGUAUAUAUCAUUAUGAAUAUCCAUUAGUGCAAUUAAGUCCAGUAGGAAAAUUUUUAUUAUCAAAAUUAGUUAAUGAUAAUAAAGGAAAAGUUGUUUUGACUGGUGAAGGAAGUGAUGAAAUAUUUGCUGGCUAUUCUUUUUUUCGUCAAGAUUAUCUUCUUCAUGAUAUUCAAAAUGAUCCAAUAGUAAAUGCAGAUAUUAAUGAAGAAGAACGUAAACAUUUAUUAAAAUCUUUAUUAUCUAAUCUAUUGAGUCGUUCAAGUACUGAGAAAAAUAAGUUAUAUGAAAUGGAUGCUAUACAAACAAUUGGUUAUGUACCAUCGGAUGCAAGUCCACCAUCUCUAUUAACGCAAAAAUGUUUUGCACAACGAUUACAAGAAAAAUACCGAGAUUUUCCUUUAAAUAGUUUCUAUUAUAAUCAAUCAUAUUUAUAUGAUUAUCAUAUAAAACAACAAAUGCUUAAUUAUAAAAUAACACGUGCUCAUUCAACGGAAUAUCUUUCAAUAAAAAAAAGUCUCCUCAAUAUACUUUUAAAAGUAUUUGGUGAUCGAUCAGAAAUGGCACAUUCUGUUGAAGGACGUACACCAUAUUUAGAUCAUUAUUUAGUUGAUUAUGUGAAUCAUUUACCAACAAAUAUGAAAUUAAAAUUAAUCAAUGGUAAAUUAUUAGAAAAAUAUAUUUUAAGACAAGUCGGACGACCAUAUAUAACAAAUGAAAUAUAUCAACGAGAAAAACAUCCAUUUUUAGCACCACCAACAUUUUUAGAUCGAAAUUCGAAAGUUUAUCAAUAUAUGCAAGAUACAUUGAAUUCAAAAGAUAUUCAAGAUUUAGAUUAUAUAUUUGAUAUUGAACACAUACGAAAUAGUUUAAAUCAAUUACAUAAAAGACAAAAAGAAAUGGAAAAUAAAUUACAAUUGAGAGAAUUAGUUUCAUUAGAAGGUUUUUAUUUAAUGUUAUGUAGUUAUAUAACAUUGAAGAGACGUUUCAAUGUUAAACAUGAAGGACAAUAA